GGUGUCGGUAGUGUUGCAUUUACGACAAAAUUUGCUUUAUAAAAAGUUGUUUAACGAAAACGAAUCUUAUGCGUAUACUUGUACUUAAAUCAACACCUUACAUUAAAAUAGUUACCUUUUCUUUUUAUCGAGUUAGAUUUGGAAAAUGCCGUCCAAAAAUAAGAAAAAUUUUUCGAGAAAGGGUAACAAAAAUUAUAAACGAUGGAGGAGUAACGCAAAUAAUGUCGCUGUCGACAUCAAAGAAGAGACUAUGCUUGUCGAAGCACAACAAAAUAAUAAACAGACCAAUAAGAAGUUGAAAAAACGGCCUCUCAAGAAAAAUUGUCUUUCCGUCAUAGAACAGACUGCUAAUAGACUUAAAGAAGAUGAUGGAGCCCGAUUACUUAAUAUUUUGGAAAAACUAUUUGCUGUUGUUGGUGGCGAACCUAAAAAAAGGGUUGUUGGACUGGAAUUGAUAAGUGCUUUACUUUCCAAUGUUGACGAAUACGAUAAAGAAGAGAUUGGUAGUCUAAACGUCAAGUUAAAUUCUGUGUUUCUCCCAAAGGAACUGAAAAGACUGAUAGUCGAUCCCAAGGAUUUAAGAGAAGUCUAUAAUGUGUACUCGCUUAUACUGUUUGGAGUUUUACAAGGGAGGACAUAUUUAAACAAAGAUGGGCGCAAAAUCGAUGUACAAAUCAGAGAGGGCCACGGUAGAGGCGACGAUGCGAAUAUCGUACAAGAGGCGAAGCUUCUCUCGCAGUUGUGCCACCAGAACAUCAUAAAGAUACUGGGUUUCGUUAAGGAAGGUCCGAAAUUCGCCACGGAAUACAUGAAAUUAGGCGAACUUAGUAGCGCUUUACAGAAAUACGAUUUUACCAGCAAGAAACUACUCGGGUUACUGAAGGGCGUAACAUCGGCCAUGGUGUAUAUCUCCGAAAGACAGUACGUGCUCAGGAACUUGAGCAGUGAAAAUAUUCUUCUCGAUUCUGGCGGUAAUUGUAAAAUCGGCAAUUUGCGUUACUGUCAGUAUGUCAGGGAUACCAAUGGGAUUUACACUGAUGAGGAUGACGAUUUGAUUAGCGAUCUCUCGGCACCGGAGGUAAAACAAGAGAAUCGAUUUUCGGCAAAGUCUGACACAUGGGAUAUGGCUCUGUUGGCGUGCGAAGUUUUCAAUGUCAACCCGCAAAAAUCACCGUUCGCGAGCAUACUUUCUGGAUUAAUGAUUCUGGCCUAUAUGAAGGCAUUUAUUUCCGAUGAUAUGCUUUCUGUACCUUCCAAAUGUCCAAGUCCCCUGUGGCAUUACUUCAGAACGAGGCUUCUCGAUGAAGAUCCGAAUGAACGUCCAACGUUUCCCGAAAUUAUGGAAGAGUUACAGAAAUACGACAACUGGAAAUUCGAUUAGGAUGUUAUCAUAUUUUUUUUAUUAAGUUUAAACCGUAUUAUGUUUGUUUAGUUAAGUUCACAUCUAUAUAUGUUCCUUAUUAAAUAUCCAAGCAGCACAGUGUAUAGUUAUUUGAAUAUAAAACUUUUUUAAAUCA